GGAAAAGCGAGGCUGGCUCGAGUGUCCCUAAUGCGUCACAGCGAGUUUGACUGUACAGUCAUUUUUUUUUCUCCAGAAAGCAUGCAGUUUAGGCCUAUAUAUAGUCCAAACAACCCUCUAAAGUUGGGGGUGAAAGUUCGAACUGAUGACCUUUACAGUAUCCGAAGCUGGAUUCGCAAGUGUACUUGACCUGCAGCGUUCAAACAGUGAGCUAGUCUGAUAUUGAUUGCUAGAAGCUGGGCUAAGGCUACCACCCGGAGCUAAGCUGAGCAGUACCGUACUCGAGGAAUGUCGACAGCCGGGAGUAAAGUACCAAAACCCGCCAACUGGUAUUUAUGUGCUUGCUAUAUUGGCCUAGACUUUAUCGAGUCUAUUUUGUGAUGCGGGUCAGACCCUUCACGUUUUUCCUUCUGAUAAUUGUUUUAUUAACCGUACUCAAUAUCAUUUUCGUUUACGAGAGCACGAAGAAUGCGACCUCUGUUGUUCACACUUACGAACAUGGACGAAUGUUGGCGGAAAACAUUUUUGAGUCAAGAGACGCCAGCAAUGUACUGUGGUUUCCAAACGAAACGAAACAUUUUAACAAAAUAUUUCGUAGUAACGUUUUGAAUGAAACCAGCGACGCACAUAUAGACUUCUGGCAACGCGGUAACGACUUAUUGAAUGAUACGAAAUACAUUCCAGCGGGCAAAAAAGAAAGUAUAAACCUCACCUUCCAAGAUCUGUACGAGCAACUCGUAAGUAAAUCUCGUCGGAAAAAAAAUCACAAAAAUAACUCAAUGUUAUCUCAUCCUGGGAUUUCGUUGACCUCAAGAGAAAUACAUUUGUUAAACGAGAAUAAAUCUUCAUCGUUGAAAGAUAAAUCGAAGUCUUCUACUGCAUAUUCAACUUCAAUUUCGCUUAAUGAAACUUACGUUACAGACCUUAUAAAGAAGACUGUUAAAUGGUACUUUGAAAUUGAUGAAAAUCAGGAAUACAAUCACCAUUGCCGGCGAUGCGCUCUCGUAACGAGUUCAGGACGCUUGCUCAACCAAAGUGUCGGGGCCGACAUUGAUUCUGCCGACUGUGUCAUCCGUAUGAACGAUGCUCCCGUGGUCGGAUUCGAAAAAGACGUCGGACUGCGAACGGAUAUACGGGUCAUGGGUCAUCCAAAUUUAUCUAUAUUAAAAAAGAACCCAGAAAAUAUUUUAGAAAUGUUUUACAAAAACACAACGAGGACUAAAUUUCUUCUAAUACCUUGGCUAUACAACACAACUGUAAAUAAAACAACCGAUAUGUAUUAUGCCAUUUUACGAAAUUUAACGGAAAUGUUCCCGGAUGUGAAGUUUUAUGUUCCAUCACAAAAAGCAAUGGAUGCCGCUGAGACAAUUUUCGAAUUUGAAAUCGGAAUCAAAAGGAUAGAAUUUCAGACAAGAUCGACUUUUCACACUUGCAUAUUCCUCUUUACCAUUUUCAAUUAUGUAACAAUAACAGUCUUCCGUUUGUAUUUUAGUAAUUCGUCUGACCAUAUUCCGUAUCAUUAUUACAACGAGCAUGGUAAAAGAGAAUGCGAUUACUACAUACGUAGUGAACGUCGUUUAGAUACGGGACAUAAAUUCCUGACGGAGAAGGCCGUGUUCUCCAGAUGGGCCAACAAGUUUAACAUUACGUUCCACACUCCAAGUUGGAAUAUGACGAUAACAGAGAAUAGAACCCUUGACACACCGUUUAUACAGAUGUUUAAUCGGGCUCAGGAGAGACUUGAUAAAAUACGGCGCCAGCGACACGAUUGGCGGAAACGAAUGAAAGAACGGCGGGAAAGGAGACAAAAUACGCCGACCGAAGAGCCGAUUUAUUUUCUUUUGUUUUCUGUGACACUUCUUAUAGUUGUUUUGAAAGGAUGCGACAUUGUAACGUUUAUUGUCACCGCAAUUGUACCUCAAUCUUGGCAAGACUUGUAACGUACUGUACUCGUGCAUGUGAAGUGCACGCGCGUGUUCGUUUUAAGUGGGUUUUUUUUCUAGUAGACACAAUCGGUAACCAGUCACGUGAAAUAUAGUUGGCGUCAACAUUAAUGUGUUCAGUUUAAGUUAAAUGAAUGAAUGUUAUUAUAAACAGUAUGAGAAAAAGAUUCAGAAUAAUUCUGUUACUUGACGUUGGUUAGGACUCCAGCGAAAUAUACUGUAAAUAACUUGUAAUUUU